AGAAUAUACGGAAGAUAAAACAAAUUUAGCCCACCUCUUAGUGGAGUGCGUGAGACUAGCUGGAGCUAAAAUGGUUCUGCGUAUCGGCAAAUUUUCUACACAGCAGCCAUGGCGAUGGCGUUGUCUAUGCCAGCUCCCAGUCAUCUCGCGCAAUAAUUUCUCAUCAAUUACUAAAUCCAAAGUGACUAAUAAUUUGGAUAGAGAAUGUGAAGAUUUUUUACCGUGGUUAGAGAAAAAAGCUGGUGCUGAGGUUUCUUCUAAGCUGUAUAUCGGCAAAUCUUCAUUUGGCAGGUCACUGUUUUCUUCUAAAAGAAUACAUGCUGGAGACUGCAUAUUGCGAGUUCCGUAUAGUGCGCAAUUGGCAUCCCAUAGUCUGCUUCCAGAAAUUUCAGCUUUGUUAGGUGAUAACGUUGGAAGUGUUUCAAAGCUUGCUAUUGUCCUUUUAAUCGAGCAGCAAGCUGGGCAGGUUUCUGAGUGGGCCCCUUACGUGAGCUGCCUUCCUUGCCUCGGAGAAAUGCAUAGCACAAUAUUCUGGAGCCAGAGUGACUUGGACAUGAUUUCUCAAAGCUCGGUUGUACAUAAGGAAACAAUCAAACAGAAAGCUCAAAUUGAAAAAGAAUUUUUGUCAAUAAAGCCAGUUCUUGAACACUUCCCUCGAAUUCUAAAGAACAUCACAUUGCAGGAUUUCAUGCAUGCAUAUUCUUUAGUUAAAUCCCGGGCAUGGGGAAACAUGGAGGGCGUAUCUCUGAUUCCGUUUGCAGAUUUUCUGAACCAUGAUGGCUCUUCUGAAUCAGUUGUAUUAAAUGAUGAAGACAAGCAGGUCUCCGAGGUCAUUGCUGAUCGUAAUUAUGCUCCUGGUGAAGAGGUACGGCUUAGGUAUGGAAAGUUUUCAAAUACCACCCUGCUCUUGGACUUCGGAUUCUCACUGUCAUAUAACAUGCAUGAGCGGGUGGAGAUUCAGAUUAAUUUACCAGAUAAUGACGCUCUCCGUAAAAUGAAGGUGGAAAUCUUGCAAAGACAUCACAUUCCAGCCUGUAAAGAUGACAAUGGCUUCAACUCUUCAUGGGAUUCUUUUUUAAUUAAGGAAGUGAAGUCUACUGACAAAAAAGGAAAGGGUCUGCCACAGUCACUUCGUGCAUUUGCUCGUAUUCUGUGUUGCACUUCGCGUCAAGUUAUAUUGGAAAACUUAGAUUUAAAUGAUUUGGUCUUGGAAGCUGCUCAAGCCGACGGUCGUUUGGCACGGCUGCCUUUGAAGAAUAGCAGCAGAGAGAUCGAAGCACAUGAGUUCUUGCUGUCACGAAUUAAUCAACUUAUUGAGAAAUACAAUGCCUCUAUUAAGUCUCUGAGGCGUCCUACUAGUCUCUCGUGUAAAAACUACGCUCUUCGAAGGAAAAUGGCCAUAGAUCUUCUUACUGGUGAGCUUCGGGUCCUUAAAUCUGCAUCUACAUGGCUCAAGAAUUACUGCCCAUCCUUGUUACAGCAGGCGCUGCACAGUACUAUAUAUAGUGAUUUCAGUGAGUAGUAAUCAAUAAAGUGUUCUAUGAACGAUGUUACGACAAUAGCGUAGACAAGAAUCGAAACUAAAAGGGGCGAAACGGAGUAAUGUGAACAAAAUUAAAAUUCAUUAAAAUUAAGGGAGUCAAUAUAUAUUAUUUUCUUAGAUAACAUGUAUAUAAAAUUAACUUAUGAAUUUUUGUUUUUUAAAUCCCGCUUAUUAUCCAUGUAGCUUCGACACUCAUAAAUGAGCAAUUUAACCAUUGAGCGAA